CAUAUUUGUAUAUGAAGUUGCCUAUCUGUCUGUACAAAUUACAUUUCUAUUAAUAGCUUUAAUCCCGGAAUAUACUUUUUUACUACGUAUUACAUUUAUUUCGUUAAAGAUAACAAACUUAUCUUAACAAAUAGUAUUCUAAUGGUUUCAAUAUAGUAUCCGAACCAAUUUAUAGAAGCAUAUAACCCACAACUUUAUUAUAAAAAUAUUUCAACCAACUACGUAUGACUUAAUUGUCAAAUGAUUCACUACUUUUGAAGUUACAACUGUUGUGAAAUGUCAAAAAACAUACGAAACGCCUAAAUCAAAACAAUUUGCUUGAUUAAACACUGGCGACUUACGUGUCGAUAGAUGAAAUGAAUUAUAGAUAAAUUACUGAUUAGUUCUUUAAUUUUAAUAAGCAAUGCUUAAAGCUGUAAUUUUGAUUGGAGGCCCACAAAAAGGUACACGGUUUAGACCGCUUUCCUUAGACAUCCCAAAGCCUCUUUUCCCUGUAGCUGGUUUACCACUUAUCCAACAUCACAUUGAAGCAUGCUUAGCUAUAAAAGGACUGCGAGAAAUUCUGAUAAUUGGAUUUUAUCCAGUAUCUCAAAUUCAACCAUUUGCAUCAGAAAUGCAACAGCUGUAUAAUAUUACAGUCAAAUAUCUCCAAGAAUAUGUAGCUUUGGGCACUGCUGGUGGUUUGUACCAUUUCCGAGAUCAAAUUAGGUUUGGAAAUCCAGAAGCAUUUUUUGUUAUGAAUGGUGAUGUAUGCUCUGAUUUUCCACUUUUGGAACUUUAUCAGUUUCAUAAAGCUGCAGUUGAAAAAUCUGAUAAAACAGCAUUGGUAACAAUAAUGGGGACUGAAGCUACAAGACAUCAAUCUUUGAACUAUGGAUGUAUUGUAACAAAUAGAGAAACCUUCGAGGUAACUCAUUAUGUCGAGAAACCCAGUUCUUAUGUUUCAACAUUAAUUAAUUGUGGAGUAUAUGUAUUCUCCCCAGAAAUAUUCCAUACCAUAGGUGCUGUUCAUAUGAAACAACAGGAACAAUAUAGCAAAAAUUACAACGGUAACGGUUAUAGAGAUACAGGUUAUAUCGAAUUAGAGCAAGAAAUUAUAGCCCCCCUCGCCGGAUCCGGACAGAUAUAUGCAAUGCCCGUCACAAACUGGUGGUCACAGUUAAAAACUGCUGGUUCCGCUAUUUACGCUAACCGCCAUUAUCUUCAACUAUAUCGAACUAAGCAUCCGGAAAGAUUAUGUGCAUCUGGGGGUGGUGGAGAUACUUGCGUUAUUUAUCCGGAUGUACUAGUAGACAAAACUGCGUCAAUUCAUCCGACUGCAGUAUUGGGACCAAAUGUAAGUAUAGGUCCUGGUGUAACGGUAGGAUCGGGUGUAAGAAUACGAGAAAGUAUAGUUUUAACUGAUGCUACCAUAGAGGAACACAGUUUAGUUCUUCAUAGUAUAAUCGGACGGGGAUCGAGAGUAGGUAGAUGGGCAAGAGUUGAAGGAACACCAUCAGAUCCCGAUCCGAAUAAACCAUUCGCCAAAAUGGAAAAUCUACCAUUGUUUAAUAGGGACGGAAAGUUGAAUCCAUCUAUUACUAUAUUAGGUUGCUCGGUGAGUGUGCCAUCAGAGACGAUUCUCCUGAAUUCUAUUGUACUUCCUAAUAAAGAGUUAGCGAGAAGUAUUAAAAAUGAAAUAAUAUUAUAAUCAUGGAAAGUCUGAAAUAUUUGCACAAAUGAAACGUUUGUAAUAAAUUUUACUUUGGAAUAAAAAUAAUUUCUAAAAUUUCAA